GUAUCAACUGGGAAUUUAAAGCACGACAUACUAUGAACUGGUAUAUUAGUUGCAGAGGUCCCGAUUAGAGUGUCCUUAGCUGCUUUGGACAGGGUACGUUGUUUCCAACCUUGCAAUUUCUUGCCCAUCUUUUCCUCAAUAUAGAGGAACGUAUCCUUCUUGGUUAUUGGUAUUAGAGAGAGAAGGCCUAGAUAGGAAUCCUGUUCUCCUAUAGCCCCUACUCCCAACUGCGAUCUGAUGAGCCCAUAAAUUGUUCAGUUCGAGUGUCGUAGCCCAACACCGCUAUCAUAAUGAUGAGGAGUAGCCCAGUUCACAGAGGCACUAGGCCUUAAGCCGUGUAGCAAGCUUUUCGUUGUAUGGAUUUGCACUUGAUUGAUAAUUCUAGUUAGUGGUGUUAAUGGGUAAGUAGGGUUGUUAGAGUCCUCUGUUUGUUAGAGUCUUUAGGAGUGUUUGCAUAAUAGGGGGAAUGGGUUUAGCAUCUUAUGGUUAGUUGGUUAGCUUAGGUAGACGUGGGAUUAGUUCCACUUAGAUAGGACUUUUCAUUUUAAGUUUUUGUGUAUUUAAGUUGAGAACGUAAUGAAUAACGGUAAGCAAUUUCAGAAAACAAGAAACCCCUGGCCAUUCUCGCCAAGAAAGGAGAAACCUGGUCUACUCCCGCCAAGAAAAGGGAGCUAUCAAAUCUAACACGUAUCAUUUGGUAUCAGAGCCGUCGAUCCGUAUUUCGAUCAUGACGAACUCAGAGAAACCAUCAAGAGAUGAACUCAUCAAUCGGAUGAUGACAUCUUUGGAUAUUGCGAUGGCAGCUUGCCGUAGAGCCAUCAUGGCUUACGAUAGAGUCAGAACACCACCGCCGCCACAAGUCGACAUCAUGACCGCCAUGGAAGAGGCGGAGAUCGCCAUCCCACCUGUAGCAACCGCACUGCCACUGCCGCAAGCUGCAGUUCUAGCAGAGUCAAAGUACGAGGAAGAAAAAGCGGAUGUCGGUGAUGUCGCACCGCCUGCACCGCUGAUGUCGCUCGUCCCUCUUGCAGCGCCGCCAACAAGUGUCUCCAAAAUACCACCGCCGUCACAGGAAGAAUCCUUAGUUUCCAUGAAGAUGGAUCCAUUCCUCAUCGCUCCCACCUUAGCACCACCGACGUCCAUCGCGUCACCGACCAACCCCCUUGUGUGCACACAAGAACCGCCAUCGUUGGACAUUGAGCUAGAGCCACCGCUUGCAUCAGCAGCCAAGGCUGCCCCUGCUUUGGCACGCCUCGCCGUAAAGUAUCAACGGGAAGGGAAGCCGCAAUCUUUGUGGGUUAACAGCCGUCCGCUACAAAUACAGAGGACUCAAAUCCCCCAAAAUUCUUUGGUGACAUAUUUCCGUUGUGCAUAUACAAACAGCCGACUAGCUUCAUCCACUUCAGAGCAAUAUGGCGUUGAUAGGGAUUUUCUUUAUUGGUGGAAGAGAAGGAAAAAGGGUCGAGACAUAGCUAAUACCCCAAAGAUGGGGGACAAUAAUAUACUUCGGCAAGGGAGGCUGGAGCCAUCGGUGAGGAAAGAAGCCAUGGCCUGUGCUUUUGAUCUUUGCUACCUUGACAAAGACUUUGACAACAAGACAUACAAGCGAAAGCGCCGGUUGGGGACAAACGUUGUGAUUAGGCGAAUGGUACAAUUUAGGGAGCGGAUGAACGAGCAACAAAGGGUUGAACGAGCUGAAGGAGGUGAUGGGUGGGCAGGAUCAGCCAUCUGGGUUGACUUAUGGGCCAGACCAAUUGACUGUUACGGUUCAAGGAUGAACACGUAUCAAGAGCAGCCCCCUCCUGAGCUUAUCGACUUACGUAUCUACUUACUGAACAACGAUCCAUUGCUUGAUGCGUUCGUAUUCUUAUGCUACACGGAAGUUAGCGUCGAUCAAGAAUGGAAUCGGUUGUUGAAAGGCCGCAUUUCAUCAAUGACACUACUUGCAGGUUGGCCUCCGUUGUCGAUGAUCGCUUCAUUAAGCUCGACCUUGAGGACAAGGCCGUUUUUCAGGGGGUUGGUAAUGAUGAGCCCAUAAAUUGUUCAGUUCGAGUGUCGUAGCCCAACACCGCUAUCAUAAUGAUGAGGAGUAGCCCAGUUCACAGAGGCACUAGGCCUUAAGCCGUGUAGCAAGCUUUCGUUGUAUGGAUUUGCACUUGAUUGAUAAUUCUAGUUAGUGGUUUUAAUGGGUAAGUAGGGUUGUUAGAGUCCUCUGUUUGUUAGAGUCUUUAGGAGUGUUUGCAUAAUAGGGGGAAUGGUUUUAGCAUCUUAUGGUUAGUUGGUUAGCUUAGGUAGACGUGGGAUUAGUUCCACUUAGAUAGGACUUUUCAUUUUAAGUUUUUGUGUAUUUAAGUUGAGAACGUAAUGAAUAACGGUAAGCAAUUUCAGAAAACAAGAAACCCCUGGCCAUUCUCGCCAAGAAAGGAGAAACUUGGUCUACUCCCGCCAAGAAAAGGGAGCUAUCAAAUCUAACACGUAUCACGAUCCCAUGAGGCUUGCAUCUCCACUCUUAGUAUUUCUACUGAAUUAUACUGCCGAUUUGGAAAGAUUAACUUUCUGACCACUGAGUCGUUCAUAUUCCUAGAACAAGGAUAAUAGAUUCGAGCAAGAGGUGCGGGAAGCUUGCACGAAAAGGUAAGAGUCAUCAGCGAAGAAGAGGUGAGAAAUCAUUGGACAAUUUUGACGGAUUCUGACUCCUUCCAAGAAGCCCAUGGUUACUGCCGGAUUUAUCAUAGCAGAAAAACCCUCUGUGCAUAUAGCGAACAACAACGAAGAUAGAGGGUCGCCCUGGCGUAGUCCUCUCAAGGGUCUGAAGUUAGGUCACCAAAUUCGUGGGUGUGUGGCCGCCGCUCCCGCUUUGGCGCGGCAAAAUGCGGUUUCUCCGCAAGUCGUGCAUAAUUCGCGCUUCUUAUUUGUACAGAGCGCGAACUAUAUUCUUAAAUCCCUCGUCCGAUCAACAAUUCUCCAUCAUGUGUCGCCAACAGGAUCCUCGAGUGCUCCGAAUCUCAGUUAGCGAGAAGAUGGUCUUCUGCGCAAUCUUGUGAAACAUGGGCAUUUCUUCUGGUGCUCUUGAAGCAAUUGAUCCAGACGUGAACAGACAUGGAGGAGCUCGAUGAUGGUUCAGAAAAGCGGAGAGCCACCACCGCUUUGACGCGCCGGGGAACGUCUUCCUCUCUUCACGUUGCCCUACCCUCUCCUGCUACUCUGCACUUCACCUUCCUUAUGAAGAAGACGAUUUAAUUUUAUCUAAGGAUGAAUAUCAAUUUUAAUCGUACCCAUCAAUCCAAAUUAACUUGAAUCGGGACUUUAUUUAGGAACUAAUUAGGGCUCUAUUGAGGAGCUCUAGAGUAACAGAAGGAGACGAAUAGAGCUUUUGACGGUCAGUGGCGGUAGAGGAAUCGGUACUCUAGUGGUUUGGGUGGAGUGGGGUGGGUUGAGCCGGUUGGUUAGGUAAAAAUUUUAAUUAAUGUUUUUAUUUAAACAAGAGAAGUAGAUAGAAAGAGAGAAGAAACCAGGAUUUAUAUAUGAUAGAAAAUUACGUAGCAGAGAACUACAUUUGUGAUGCUUUCUUAUUAUUUUUUAUAUUUUAUCAUAAGAAUUAUUAUUAUUUUUAAUAAAUACAUUUAGAAAAUAUUUAAUAAUAAUAUAAUAUUGACGCUCUGUUCACGCUCUCAACAUUGAAUUCUUUGAAGAUCAACGCUCUAACGCUCUCGCUUACGCUCCACGCUCGGGUUACCUAAGUCUGAAGUACUCUGAAGAGGAACCAUUAACGAGGAUGGAAUAAGAGACGGUGGUCACACAUUCCUGGAUCCAGGAUACGAACUGACUAUUGAACCCUAAUUCCUUCAUCAUUUUAAAGAGAAAUGGCCACUCAAUACGAUCAUAAGCUUUCUCCAUAUCAACGCUUUGACCCUGAGUAAAGGGUUUUAAUAUGG